CGUGUUCUCCUCCUCAGUAUCAUGGAUUGUACUGGGCGUGGUGGAACAUCGUUGUGAUUCAAUUUAAGGAGCUUCUUUUAACUUCUAGAUUGAUCGACUGGUGGAGAUAUUCAACUGAAAAGAUCCGCCAGACCUUGCUUCUCUUGGGAUGUUUCCCAACAUCAUGAAGACUUUUCUGGGAUUCUUCCUCAUCCUUGCAGUUCUAAGGAACAGUGUUUCUCUAAUAUGUAAAUAUUGUCAAGCUAAAGGCACUACAUGUACAGAAUAUGAUUUGAAAUGCAAAAAUUCCAACGAUGUUUGUGCAGCAAUAUUGAUUGAAAACACAGAAAAGGGUAAACCUGAACGGACCCUUCUAAAGAAGUGUGAGGACCCAAGAAUGUGUAGCAUGCCUUUCCAAUAUGUGAAUAUGGGGAAAGGGAGAUAUGAAAGGACAAGUAUUCUCUGUUGUAAGGAGGACCGCUGCAGGAAUCCUGUUCCUCGAUUCGAACCAGGGUUCAUCAGACCCAAUGGGAAGCAAUGCCCGACCUGCUUGGCCAGGAACAGUUCAUUGUGUGGAUCAGACAUGGUAGAUUGUUCUGGAUCUGAGCACAGCUGCAUUCAAAUCAAGCAAACAUUUUCAGAAGGUACAACUUGGGUGACAAUCUUCAAGAAGGGCUGUGCUACUAGAAACAUCUGUUUCAAGCAGGGUGGGAGCUAUAUUGAAUCAUUUAAUAUGCCUAAUCCUAAACCUAUUUGCAACCGGGCUCGUCCCAAAAACUGAAUUCUUCUCUGUUUGUCUCCAUUUACUGAAACGUGACUGAGUUUAUAUCAUAGCCCACAUGCUAUUUUUAACAUUUUAAUUUUAUUGACUAAAAUCCGCAUACAAUAAUUGAAAAAAAAAUGCAACACCAUAUGUAAUAUGCACAUAUAACACUGGCUACUACUAACCUACACUACAAAUUACUAAAACAAAUACUAAAAAAGAAUUAUAUACAAAUUACAGAUAAUAAAAAGAAAAAUUAAUUAUAAAUUGACUUCCAAUUUUUCUAUCCAUGAUAUAAGUGCCCUACCUCCUCAAUAUUUAUAGAACAUUUUACCUUUGACUAAUUUCUUACUCACCUCGAACCGUGAGGAGAGGUUGGUAAAUAAUAAUAAUAAUAAUAAUAAUAAUAAUAAUAAUAAUACUCAGAAUUAUACAUUCUGAAACUUGCCAUUAAUAUCUCUAUCUUUCUUGGAAGAAAAUAAUAAUAAUGGAUCCUUCUUAAAAUUCAUCUAUGAUUUUUUUUUCACUUAUCACAAUAGAAAACUUGGCUAUUUUAGCAAAUUUCAAGAUUUUCAUCUCCCAAUCUGUUUCAGAUGCAUCUCAGAUCUGGUCCAACUAUUUAUAUGGGUCCAACACUGGGGAAUAAUCUGAAUUCUGUUUCAAAAUGUGGAGUAUCCCCCGACUUUGGUUAAUAUAAAUCAAUGCUGCAUCAAGGGAAACUUACUACCAUGGUAUCCUAUAUUAGUUCCAUAUAGAAUUUGGCCUCUUCAGAGCUGAUCCGUGACCCUUCUGCAUUACGUCAUCAGUAUUUAUGUACACAGUGAUGAAUGCAUAAGUGUCAUUUUACAUUUUCAAAUUAAUGCAGUUUGAUACCUCUGACUGUCAUAACUCAAUGUUAUGAAAUACCGGAGAUUGUAAUUUGGUGAGGUACCAACUUGCUUUGACAGAGAAGGCUGUCAAAUUCUUUCAACAUCCAAAUACAGGCCGUCACCGAGUUAACAACAUCCAACUUACAAACAACCCAUAGUUAAGAAUGAGGCUGAGACAACAGGAAGUGGGAGAAAUCUGCUUUACUUGUGAAAGAGUUAUCAUUGGGAAAAGGUGUCUCAACUGAAGUUUUAUCACCAAUCCUUGUUUCUACAACAAGCCAAAUUUUGCAAAAUCCAAUUAUCGCAAGGACAGAAAAUGAGGCGAAAUAUUCUGAACAGGGGCUCAUAUAGCAAAACAAACAUCUUGUUCAUAACUUGGGGACUGCUUGUAAACCAAAGCCUCCUGCUUCUCGUUGUGUUUUUCUAAGAAUUCCCGAUAAGUCUUUUAUAGUAAGGAAACGGCAAAACAGAAGCGGGCAGUGUUCCUAGACUUUGCAUGAAUAAACAAAACUACAAAUAAUAGCCAACUCAACUGAAGUGAAGGACUUCUUGCUCAUAGAGAUGACAUUACUGGAUAAGGAUAAAUGAAAACAUGGAUUAUAGUCCUGUGGAUAUGGGAGUCAUAUAUGUGUUGACUUGGAGAAAUAAUGCCAUAUAUAUUAAGUCUUCAGCAGGAUAGUUUGGAAAUCAAUAAAUAUUUCCUUUUCUUUUGUUCCUUUGCUGACUUGUGAUUUUCUUUUCCUUCCUUUUUUAUUUUGGUUGGGUGGUUAUUCUGCUUUUAAUGUUUUUGAAAUUUCUUAACAUUUGUUUAGUAAAGAGAUCUUAUAACAUGCUUAAGAUAAGCAAAUGUCUGUUUCAGUCAUCUAGCCAUCAAGUUGUACAGCAGAUUAAUUUCUUCCUGUUCCUAAAGUCUAAAGAACCAAAUAAAAUAUUGCUUGUCAUGAAUUCUGGUCUUUUAGUCUUUUUUACAGUUAGAAGAAAAGAUUAAGGAAAAAAGGCAAGUUUUUCUUCAAUGGGCAAAACAAAAGACCACAUAUCACAUUCAAUUGAAAUGGAGAGGACCAUCCUUGUUUAGUGAAAAUAAUUAUGCAGAUGUAACUCAGUAAAUGUGUCACAGAGCAUUACUUCCAUAACAUAAAAGUGGGUCCCAGAGGCACAAAUAAUAUGGACAAAGUGUAAUUAGAUACCCAUAUUAGUUAAAAAAGAGAAGGUCAACGUAUUUCAGCAAAU